AUGGAAUUUCGUUUUGGGUCACUCAGUGGGGAUUUAAACUCAGAAGUACUUACAGAGGCAAGUCCUAGCAUCAUUGAAGCCAGAAAAAACCUAAUUGAAAAAAUUUUUUAUAUGAGCCGGCUAAAUAGCAAAUGCAGUGAAGCAACUGACAUCUGCAUCAUGAAAAUGAAUAGAGAAAAAGCUGUUCUUUUGAAAUUAAAGCACUUAUACAUAGAGGGAAAAAUUGCACAUCUUCAAGAACUCCUAAAAACUCUUGACAAUACAUCAGAGCUCAAAAAGGAAGCUGAGCACGAAAUUUUAAACAGCAUUUCCUUGUUCAACUUUAUCAAUCACAGACUGCUAGAAGACGACAUAGUGAAAAUUUUAGGUGUCCAUCAAAAUUCUGACUCCCCUCUUGUAGGUGAAAAAAAAUAUUUGAUGAAAAAAAAAAAAAUAGAUGUAUAAAUGAUAAUUAAUAUAACGAAAUCUCAGCUAAUUCUGAUGAAUUUUAAACAGCUUGUGUUUUAAAAUAUAAAUUUCACAAAUUAAAUUAAAAAUUUUCUAUAUAUUUUAUAUAUAAUUUUUUUUAAAAAAAAAAUAACCGGAGGAGUGGGCUUCUUUUAGAAAUUGAGGAUAUUCUAGAAAAAGAGGGUUUUAGCAAAGCUAAUACAAAUGUUUUAAGUAUGAUCGAAAACGCUAUGCAAACUCACUUUAAAGCGAAAAACAGAAGAAGAUAUAAGAGGGGGUCUGAAUUGACUUCAAUUCUAUGCGCAGAUUAA